ACUGCUUACUCUCUCUCCAUCUAUGGUCAAACUGUUUUGAUCCUAUAAAAAGGGGGGUCGACUCUGUCUUUUGAUCUACGGAUUUCAUUUUCAUUUCUCUAACAUUUUCUUCUCUUUCAGCGAUCGAUCGAGCUUCUUCUUCUUCUUCCUGCUCUCGUAUUCGAUUAAUCGUUUGUUAUAAUUUUUAUUCCAGUUUCGUGCGUUCGUUAUGAGUACUCUGGAAAACAGCAAGCCGAAGAUCAUCACUGGUUCUGGUGGUUAUGUUCUUGAAGACGUUCCCCAUCUCUCAGAUUACCUUCCUGGUCUCCCUACUUAUCAUAAUCCAUUACAAGACAAUCCAGCUUAUUCAGUGGUUAAGCAAUACUUUGUUCAUGCUGAUGACACUGUCCCUCAGAAGAUCGUUGUUCACAAGGAUGGUCCAAGAGGAAUUCACUUUAGACGAGCCGGGCCACGUCAAAAGGUCUACUUCGAAUCUGAUGAAGUCCAUGCUUGCAUUGUUACCUGUGGGGGUCUUUGUCCUGGUCUCAAUACCGUGAUUAGGGAAAUUGUGAGCAGUCUAUCUUACAUGUAUGGCGUUAAGAGAAUACUGGGAAUAGAUGGUGGAUAUAGAGGCUUUUAUGCUAAGAACACUGUCCCCUUGGACUCUAAAGUCGUAAAUGAUAUCCAUAAGCGAGGAGGGACCAUCCUUGGGACCUCACGAGGUGGCCAUGACACCACAAAGAUAGUUGACAGCAUCCAAGACCGAGGAAUCAAUCAGGUUUACAUUAUAGGUGGAGAUGGAACACAGCGAGGCGCGUCCGCUAUAUUUGAGGAAGUUAGAAGACGUGGCUUGAAAGUUGCAGUUGUUGGAAUCCCAAAAACAAUCGAUAAUGACAUACCUGUGAUAGACAAAUCUUUUGGGUUUGACACAGCUGUAGAAGAGGCUCAACGAGCUAUCAAUGCAGCACAUGUGGAAGCUGAGAGUAUAGAGAAUGGUAUCGGUGUUGUCAAGCUUAUGGGUCGCUACAGCGGGUUCAUAGCGAUGUACGCUACUCUAGCAAGCAGAGAUGUGGACUGCUGUUUGAUUCCGGAGUCACCAUUUUACCUGGAAGGAGAAGGUGGACUGUUUGAGUACAUAGAGAAACGUCUCAAGGAGAGCGGUCACAUGGUGCUUGUGAUUGCAGAAGGUGCUGGACAAGAUCUCAUGUCCAAGAGCAUGGAGUCUAUGACUCUCAAAGAUGCUUCUGGUAACAAACUUCUUAACGAUGUUGGUCUUUGGCUGUCUCAAAGCAUCAAGGAUCAUUUUAAUCAGAAGAAGAUGGUGAUGAACCUCAAGUACAUUGAUCCAACAUACAUGAUCCGUGCUGUUCCUAGCAAUGCUUCAGACAAUGUUUAUUGUACACUUCUUGCUCAGAGCGCAGUGCACGGUGCAAUGGCUGGAUACACUGGCUACGUCAGUGGUCUAGUGAACGGAAGACAAACCUAUAUUCCCUUCUACAGAAUAACGGAGAAACAGAACAAUGUAGUGAUCACAGACAGGAUGUGGGCGAGGCUGCUGUCUUCAACGAACCAGCCGAGUUUCUUGAGCCCCAAAGAUGUGUCUGAUGAUAAAGAGAAGCCCAUGUCGGCCCUUCUGGACGAUGGCAACUGCAACGGCCCAGUCGAGGUGCCUCCAGUGACCAAAGAGGUCACCAAGUGACACUGAACCUAAGAGUAUGAUGAUGGUCCUAUAUAUGUUUAGGUAGUAAUUGAUGAGCAAAAAUAAUUGUGUGUUUACGGUUUGACGCUUUCACUUGGCAUAAGAAAAUGUUGCACCUCGUAGAUGCCUCAUGUUUGUAGUUAUUUUGAACUUCUCCAUGCUACUUCUAUCAAUCUUCUAAAUUAAUUGACAAUC